UCGAUCUGCCCGAUGAGGGAUGGGAGAUGCUCAAUCGCUGUCUCCGACAGCCCAGGCAUUAAAAUCCUGGCCUCCUAUGACCUGACACUCUACAAAUUACUACCAAACCGCGUUAGAUGAGGACGAUAUGAUGGGUAUAUUUUUUCAGAAAGGCGUUUUUGGACUGGACACAAAAUUUCGGCGAAGCGCUUUGGAUUUUGCAUUUCAUUUCUUCUCAUCUCAUUGUCUCACGGCAUAUUUUUCAUUUUGCUUCAUUUUCUUCUUUUUUUUUAUUUUCAAGAUACCCUGUCCUCAUUUACAUGUAAUGUGUAACGCAACACAGAUUGAUGCCCAUGUCAAUUUACAUGUAUACAAAUGCAUCAAAGUACAAACCAUUUUACAAAUACAAUACUAAAAUGACACAAAAUAUCAUUUCCGCGGUGCCUAGUCAGACGAUCAUACAUCGAUGCUAUGUUAC